AUGGCUCCCCCUAAAGAGGCUGGCUCCCCCUACAGAAGGUGGCUCCCCUUAUAUAGGAUGGCUCCCCCUAAAGAGGGUGGCUCCCCCUACAGAAGAGGGUGGCUCCCCAUAAAGAGGGCGGCUCCCCCUCAAGAAGGUGACUCCCCUACAGAAGGUGGCUCCCCUUAUAUAGGAUGGCUCCCCCUAAAGAGGGCGGCUCCCCCUACAGAAGGUGGCUCCCCCUACAGAGGGCGGCUCCCCCUAAAGAGGGUGGCACCCCCUAAAGAGGGUGGCUCCCCUUACAGAAGGUGGCUCCCCCUACAGAAGGUGGCUCCCCCUACAGAGGGUGGCUCCCCUACAGAAGGUGGCUCCCCUACAGAGGGUGGCUCCCCUACAGAAGGUGGCUCCCCUACAGAGGGUGGCUCCCCCUACAGAGGGUGGCUCCCCCUACAGAGGGUAGCUCCCCUACAGAAGGUGGCUCCCCCUACAGAGGGUGGCUCCCCCUAUAGAGGGUGGCUCCCCCUACAGAAAGUGGCUCCCCCUACAGAGGGUGGCUCCCCCUACAGAGGGUGGCUCCCCUUGGCGAGGGCGCCUGAUGUAAUGUUGCCUGGCAACCCUUUCGAUCCCCGCUGA